CCCGGCGUGUGAGCAUGCCGCGCCGGGAGGAGGAGGAAUUCCUCGGCCGGGCCGGGGGAGGUUCGCACUGGAGUUAGCGCCGGGCAGGGAGGAAGAGUGAGCGCUGCCGGAAGCGGCGGAGCGGCGGCGGCGCUGGGAGCCCGCGGUGCCCCGCGGGCAGCGAUGUAGCUGGGUGACGGUGACAGCGGCCGGAGCGCGCCGCCUCCGCUGCCAGCGGGCCGGUGCGGCGGGUCGGGAGCCUGUCCGGGGAGGCGGCAGCAGCGCGCCCAAUCUCGCCGCUUCCCCGCUUUCCCCUCUGCCCUCGGUGCCGUCUCUCGGCGCGGCCCUCCCUCCGUUCCUCCCUGCCGCCCUCCGCCGCCGGCCGGGGGGCUGCGGCCGCCGCCGCUGCCAUGGGGCUGCCCACGCUGGAGUUCAGUGACUCCUACUUGGACAGCCCGGAUUUCAGGGAGCGCCUCAAGUGUCACGAGAUCGAGCUGGAGAGGACGAACAAGUUCAUCAAGGAGCUGAUUAAGGACGGAAGCCUCCUCAUCGGGGCCCUGCGAAAUUUAUCCAUGGCAGUACAAAAGUUUUCACAGUCUUUACAAGAUUUUCAGUUUGAGUGUAUUGGAGAUGCUGAAACUGAUGAUGAAAUUAAUAUUGCCCAGUCAUUGAAGGAGUUUGCUCGGCUCCUGAUUGCUGUUGAAGAGGAGAGAAGACGACUGAUCCAGAAUGCUAAUGAUGUGUUAAUAGCACCACUGGAGAAGUUUCGAAAAGAGCAAAUAGGAGCAGCAAAAGAUGGGAAGAAGAAGUUUGACAAGGAAAGUGAGAAAUAUUAUUCCAUCUUAGAGAAGCACUUAAAUUUGUCAGCCAAGAAGAAAGAAUCUCAUUUGCAAGAUGCAGAUACACAGAUUGACAGAGAACAUCAGAACUUUUAUGAAGCAUCAUUAGAAUAUGUUUUUAAAAUCCAAGAAGUACAAGAGAAAAAGAAAUUUGAAUUUGUAGAACCUCUCUUGGCCUUUCUUCAAGGAUUAUUUACAUUUUACCAUGAAGGAUAUGAACUGGCUCAGGAGUUUGCGCCAUACAAGCAGCAACUGCAGUUCAAUUUGCAGAAUACUCGGAAUAACUUUGAAAGCACUAGGCAGGAAGUGGAGAGACUCAUGCAAAGAAUGAAAUCAGCCAACCAAGAUUACAGACCACCAAGUCAAUGGACAAUGGAAGGCUAUCUCUAUGUGCAGGAGAAACGACCCCUUGGAUUUACAUGGGUAAAACAUUACUGCACUUAUGACAAAGGAACAAAAACUUUUACAAUGAGUAUAGCUGAAACAAAAUCUGGUGGAAAAGUGAAUGGCCUUGUCACAAGCUCACCAGAAAUGUUCAAGCUAAAAUCUUGCAUCAGGAGAAAGACAGAUUCAAUUGACAAACGUUUCUGUUUCGAUAUUGAAGUAUUUGAGAGACCUGGGAUCAUCACACUGCAAGCUUUUUCAGAAUCCAACCGGAAACUUUGGCUUGAAGCUAUGGAUGGAAAGGAACCAAUCUACACAUUGCCAGCCAUUAUUAGCAAGAAGGAAGAAAUGUUCUUAAAUGAAGCAGGUUUCAACUUCGUGAAGAAAUGUAUUCAUGCUGUAGAAACAAGAGGUAUUACAAUCCUAGGGCUGUACAGAAUAGGUGGUGUAAAUUCCAAGGUGCAAAAGCUGAUGAAUACCAUAUUUUCCCCUAAAUCACCUCCUGAUAUGGAUAUUGAUAUGGACAUUUGGGACAAUAAAACAAUAACAAGUGGACUAAAAAACUACCUCAGGUGUCUUUCAGAGCCACUGAUGACUUUCAAGCUGCACAAAGAUUUCAUUGUUGCUGUUAAGUCAGAUGAUCAGAACUACAGAGUUGAGGCAGUGCAUGCACUUGUGCAUAAAUUACCAGAGAAGAACAGAGAGAUGCUGGACAUCCUUAUUAAGCACUUGGUCAAGGUAUCACUGCACAGUCAACAAAAUCUAAUGACUGUAUCCAAUCUUGGUGUUAUCUUUGGACCAACACUGAUGAGAGCACAAGAAGAAACCGUGGCUGCUAUGAUGAACAUAAAGUUUCAGAAUAUCGUCGUUGAAAUUCUGAUAGAGCAUUAUGAAAAGAUAUUUCAUACUGCACCAGACCCCAAUAUUCCUCUUCCCCAGCCUCAGUCCCGAUCAAGUUCAAGAAGAACAAGAGCAAUUUGUCUCUCCACAGGUUCACGUAAACCCAAGGGGAGAUACACACCAUGUCUAGCAGAUCCUGACAGUGACUCGUACAGCAGUAGCCCUGACAGCACUCCCAUGGGCAGCAUUGAGUCUCUGUCUUCUCACUCCUCUGAGCAGAACAGCACCACCAAGUGCACGCCCUCACAGCCAAGGGAGAAAUCGGGAGGGAUUCCAUGGAUCGCCUCUCCCGCUUCUUCUAAUGGCCAGAAAAGUUCAGGCCUGUGGACUACAAGUCCAGAAUCCUCAUCAAAGGAGGAUACAACCAAAACAGAUGUGGAAUCAGACUGCCAAAGUGUAGCUUCUGUCACUGGACCAGAAAAUGCCUCUCCACCAACAGACCUGACCAAAAAGAGUUCCUACAGUCUGUCUGGGAUGAAAAGGUCAUCAGCAUCUUCCCUUAGGUCAAUUCCAUCCGCUGAAGGUAACAAAAGCUGCAGUGGGUCUAUACAGAGCUUAUCUUCAACAGAUACCAAAGAUACACCAAAGGCUCCACCAAACCCUGAUUUGCCUCCCAAAAUGUGCAGGAGAUUAAGAUUAGAUACUGCAUCGAGUAAUGGCUAUCAAAGACCGGGAUCUGUAGUGGCUGCAAGAGCACAGUUGUUCGAAAGUGCUGGUUCACUUAAACAAGUUUCUUCAGGACGACAAGCAAAAGCCAUGUAUUCCUGUAAGGCUGAGCAUAGUCAUGAGCUGUCUUUUCCACAGGGGGCAAUAUUUUCCAAUGUGUAUCCAUCAGUGGAACCAGGCUGGUUAAAGGCAACUUAUGAAGGCAAAACAGGACUAGUUCCUGAGAAUUAUGUUGUCUUCCUCUAGUAAUCUUUAGUGGACAGCAAUAUCUUCAUGGUAUCCAUGGUAACAAAUAAUAAGCACUAUGAUUUUUAUCUGACACAGAUAUGGGAUCAGCCCCUUAGCUGAGUGGUAGAUUUCCUUCAGAUGCUGCAGCUGCAGGUUACAGAGCUCCCUGCCAACAGAACAGAAUGUGAUGAAACAGUUAACAGUUUCUGUGCUGAGGAUGGUACUCUGUUUAAAUAACCUCCAUUGUUUGCAAAAGGUUGUUCUGUUCUUCUUUUAUGGGUAAGGAACACUAGAGCAAUAAAAAAAAAAGAAAAAAAAGAAAAAAGCUAUUUAGCUGCAGACUUUCAGGUCCAAGGAUGUUACUCACAGAAGUGUGAAAUUUAGAGGCAAUGCACUCUAUGACAUUUCUUGUAAUCUAUGUUUUUUAAUACGGAAAAUCGUGGACUUUUUCGUAAUGUAAGUACUGCUUCUAUUGUGAUCUGAAUGCUCCCUUAGAAAACUUGAUUCUAAAAUUGAUCCUAAUCAUUUCAAAUAAGAAAUGACUUUACCAUAAAUCAGAAGUUGGAACUUCUGUUAGUCAUUGAGAUACAAUAUGGUAUAGAAUUUAUACAACUGAUAAUAUCAGUUUAAACACUGCCUGCGCAGUGAGUGCUCAUUCAAAAUGUGAUAUGUUUAAUGAAUGUUUCAUUCAAAUACUUACUAGAUUUCUUUCCUGCUUUCUAUAUCAGCAUAGAUAAUAUUAGCAACUUUUAUUUCAAUGAUAACCAUCAUCUGGAAGAUAUUAUCUCUGUGUCCCAGAACAUCUGUAGAAAACAAGGAGAUGCCGAAUCUGGACUGAUUGGUAGUCAUGUGAAGUGAGCAGUGAAAAACAGCAGUGUGUUUUGAAACCUGAGAUAAAUUGUAACUCGUUAUUUUUCCAUUGCAAUUUAGACAAAUGACCUGUGAACUAGCCAAUUUUAUAAGCUAUGAAUGCUAAAAGCUCCAUGUGGCAAUAAAAUUUACUUAGUGGUAUUUCUUCUGACUUCUGCUAAAAUAUUUGACAAAGAUUCUCUCCUUCCACAGAAUAAAAAAAUCCUUACUUUUCAAAGGUGUUGUAAAGACCUAUUGAUUGCUCCUGGUAGGACUGAAAAGGGAAAAAAAAAAAGAGGAAAACCAUAAGUAGCUUUCUCAGUCUGAGCAGUUUUCUUGUACACCUUGAGGGAAAAUAUGCACUGCAUGGUUGGCUACUUACCAGUCCUGAUUGAAAACAUUUAACCUCCAGCUUAGCAUUUCUUCAACAUCAGUGCUUCCAAAAUAAUUCACAGUUUCAUAGAACUAUCUAGGCUUAGUUUCACAGAUCUCUCAAGGCUCAGUUCUUUCUUCAGUAGCAGAAAUGAACAUACAAAUCAUCUGUUGAUUCUAAGUUGGACACUACUUCAAGAAAUUUUAAGGAAGAACUGCUGUUAGUGCUAAAAACAUCCGUAAUUUUUUACCUGCUGGUUUUUUUUUUCUUUCCAUAGCCUUUUUCUUGUUUAAAUUGAAAAGUAAGAGUUGUUGCCAACACAGAGAAGCACAUGAGAACAUUCUUUACUGAUAUGUAGUGUAUGAAUUCUUCAGAGAAAUUGCUGCUCACUAAUUCCAGUAUUGAGUGAUGAUCAGAGAAAGAGAGAGGCUCGAAGAACAUCCUUUCAAAAAUACUUUUCAUAGGGGAAGUCUAAGCAAGACUGGUUGCAUGCAGUUGAGGAGAGACCCCAUGCUUUAGUGACUGAGUGACCUGGGUUCUUUCUUCACCCUAAACAGUUUCAUUAAUCCCAAAAUAUGUUUUCACUUCAUUUUAAAUCCAGACUGUACCCAGUGCAUUGUGAUGAAGGGUUGUUCCAGAUGGCAGUGCCAGUGAAGGCAGAUGUGUGUGCUCAUCUAAUUUGCCCAGAGCAGAUAUGAAAGGAAGUGAAGAUCUUUCCUUAGCUAGGUAAAUCUUCCUUCAUUUUAAGGCAAGCCAAGCUUUCUUAGUCUAAGCUGUGCCUGAGACUGCCAUUGCCCUGAGAAGACCAACAUGGUUUUAGUUGUGUUUUUGCUAUAUUUUACAAUCAAAAAACUGUAGGCUGUCAAAAGGUUUGCCUCUGGUGACCUUCCCAGGAAAAGUGCUGCUGCAGGCAAAAAAAGAGCAGAAAGGGAAGCAGAACUUUGAGCAGAGGCUGGUAGCCCAGCACGUCUCACACAGGCAGGAAAAUGCAGUGAUCAGGGGAAAAAAUCCCAGCUUCUGUCUGUUGCAUGGAGUCAGUAGCAAACCUCUACUGAACAUCCUUUGAUGAUACCUCUUAAGGGCAAUUUAAUUGUUGUGAAAUUCUUGAGGAAUUGUGAAAUAGAAAAUGUUGAAAAUUGUUUGCCUUACUUGCUUUGUUCUAGCCUGAUUUAAAAAUAAGUGCAGAGAAAACCCCUAAGCUUAGAUAAUUUCACAUCCUCUGUAUGUGUCUCACAAUUCUCCAGUACUGUGUUUUGAAAGCAUCUGGUCUGAGUGCAAGCUAGAAAAGUCAAAGAUGCCAGGUUCAUUAAAAAAUUUGUAAAACUGCCAAGUUCAGUUAUAGGUUAAGCAAGUAGAGCCUGUGAGUGCUGAGGGAACGGUUGUAGAAAGACCUGGAGGAAUCCCUGUGGAGGAGUUUCAUCUGUUCCCAUGCAUUCAUAUCAUAUUAGGCCAAAAUUAGGAUUGGAGAAGACAACUUCAUAAGAAACUGGAUUCCAUUCACGUGCUGCUCACAAAAGAAAUCUGUGUUUUCUGCAGCUUUGUCAGACCUUCUUCCAAACUAGGCAUAAAUAAUUUUAAAGUCAUUUAGCUUUAAAAUGGCAUUUCCAUCUGAAAAAGGUUAUGUCCAUUCUUACUUAUGGUUAGCCACUCGCUCUCCAGGAGUAGGGGUUUUGAUUUUUGGAACUCUAUGGUUUUUCUUGUACUCUCCUCUGCAGCAUGUAUUAGCACUUUCUGUAUGAUCUCACUGCUGGGUUUUGGGUGCCCCAGCUUUUCCCUGCCUUUCAAGAGGGAGUUUAUCUCUACAAGAAGCUGAACAGUGAACCAAAAAGUUGAGUAAGUAGGGGUGCAAAGACUGAAGUGGGGAGGGGGCAGCACCAAAGCUUCUCUAAUGAUGAUACUCUCAGGCCUGACCAAAAACCCUUUCUGAUGAUAGCAAAGAAUCAGAAAUCCUUAUAAAAUGUAAAUGGAGAUAUAGUAUUUUGAUAAUGCCUUACCAGAAAAUUAGGCAAUCUGAAUUAAAUUAGCUCAUAGUAGUGAUUUACUAUUCUUUAUGGAAAUCAGACUCACUGUACAAGCAAAGAUUAAACAUUAAAAAAAUUAAUAAUAAUAAUUAUUAUUAUUACUAUUAUUAUUAUCCUUCCUAAAAGGAUGCAGCAGGUUUGUUCCAAAUAUCACUGUAGAACUCAAGGUAGAGAUAUAUUGCUGUUGUUGUUUGUCUUGUGGAAAUAAUGUCUGUACCCACAACAUAUAAUUAGCCAUGUUUUUGCUUUGUUAAACCUUUUGAUACAUGUUGCAGUACAACAUGAAUCAAAUUAAUAGUGUGAAGGACUGAUAUAUUGUAUGAUAAAUAUGUAAAGUAUAUUAAUAUUCUAUAUUCACACUUUUUAUUAAUGAUGAUAAAGAUUACAUUUUUUGUGUGUAAUUCCUGUGAGUUCAGUAUUAAAAUGUCCUUGCCAUAUUUUGGCACUUAGAGUUAUAUGUAACAAAACUGUUAAAUUAAACCAUAGUUAUCACUUAUGUCCCUAACUAAUCUAUAAUGUUCAUUGUACAAUUAUUUCUGGAAAAAAAAAGAUGCACAGAUUUGCUGAUCAGCUAUUCUAUGAUAGUAAUAGUAACUUAUUUUCCUUUUAUGUAUUUUCUGGUGCUAAUCUCUAUUCUUUGCCUGUAAUUGGAUUGAAUUGUAAUGUGCCUUUAGGAAAGACAUGUUGGGAGAGGAAAAGUUGUAAAAUUCUGCAGUUCAGAAUGGUAAUUACAACAGCAACAAAAAAAAAAAGCACUGUAUGGCAAUAAUUGGAUUUUUGUUUUGUUAAUUUUUCUCUCCUGGGCUAUUUUCUGCUUAAUAAGAUUGCAUCAGAAUAAAUAAUGAAACUAAAAAGCACAUUGUUCUUGAUAUUUCUUUUCCUAAGGCAGAAGGUUGUGCAAUUUUGUAUUGAGCAACAAGAAGAGAAAUCCCAGUUAGGGAGCACAUCCUCCAGACUGGGAUGGAUCUUCUCCAUUGAUGGAAACUGUCAAAGCUCUAGUGAAGUCAAAGAUAGACAUUUGGCAAUUUAUAGUGAGGGGUUUCUGGCCAGAAGCUCCCAGAAAGGAGAUGGAAUAUUCUGCUAAUGGGAUAAUCUAUGAUCCAGCUUGGAGUUGUCCUUUGUUUCAGCAGAGAGGCCUGGAUGAAUUGUUCAGUGGCCAGAGAUCAAAUCCAUGGGCAACCUUAGUCUCUCUCUGGCUGGUCACAGAGCCCUGAAGAUGGUGCUGCUGCUGCAGCCCAUCCAUCUCCUGCUCCUGCUAAAGCCCACUGUCAGUCAGGCUAUGUCUGUACCCAUUGGGAGGUCUCUUCUUUUUUAGUUUGAGGUUUUGCAUGGGCUUUAGGAGUUUGUUUUGUUUUAGUAAGGUGCUUGGAAUCCAAACAGCCACUAAUUCAGUCUCUGAGGGUCAUAUCAGUUCUGUAAUUGUCCUGUGUGUGGCAGUGUUUAAUAAGCCAUCAGGUUAGUCUUGUUGUUUUAAGUGAAGAGCACAGUGCUCCAACCCUUGGAUGCCUCAGCUGAAAGCUGUUUUGCAUCUGAACUUUCUGCAAGUGUUUUAUUGGGAGUUGUCAUCAAAGCUCUGGCACUAAAGAUUAGCACCAUUAUCUCUGCAAGAGUUUCUGUUGGAGCAAAGGGCAGAACAGCUGAACAGGGCACACAGAUAGUCUCAAUUUUCAAUCAUAUUUAUGGCAAUUUUGGAGGUAUUAGAGUUUAUGGGGGUUUCUUUAGUUACUAUAUGGUAUUUUAAUAGGAAAAUAUUUGCAUUCAAUAACUAUAUCUAUUUAAUAAAGUCCUACUAAAUUAUCUUCUUGAACUCUUUGUUUAUUUUGUAGUGUGGUUUCAAUAAUUAUCUGCACUCUGUAUAUAUCUACAUGUAAAUAACUAGCAUGACAUGCAUAAACUGACUUCGCAGACAUAAUUCUAUGUUGUA